UCACACGGUUAUCCUCUCAGCAAGCCAAAAUAUCAUGACAUUACACCUCAUCAUCCAUUCUAGAAGCUCACUACAGACAAAACUGAAUAACAAACUUGGCCAGCUCUUUCAUGAUCCUUCUCACGCGUUUCCUUUCCAUUUCCCACAAAAUCAGCAUUUCUCCUCCACCAUAACAGAAUUUGAUUCCCUAUCUCCUCUCAAAUCUCUUUUUUGCCCUCAAUCUCCUAGUGCUAUAUAUACAUGUGUUCAGAUCAUAAGAAAGGGAGGAAGAAAUUAGCAAAGAAACUCUGUCAAAAUGAAACCACAAAAUGCUUCCUCCAAAUAAACUUCAAUAAACCUGCAGAUCCAUUCUCCAUACACUAUCAGCUUAUCACCUUCUAACAUACAUUUUCACAUUUUUCAGCUUCAUAUCACCACCAUCACGGUAAACCUUCACAGAUUCAUACCAACACAAACAUUUUCACUUCACUGUGCAACAAUUCCUAAUCACCAUCUCAUCAUUAAACCUUCAUCAGUAGCAAUAACUUCAACAAUUCCGAAUCACCGACUCACCUUCAACAUCAGAAAUUCACUCACACUUCUGUUCAGAAAUCUAUAAGCUACCUUCAUUCACAUACAAUGAUCUGAAGCAACACUGGACAUUACCUGCAACCACAAAUCCGCGAAGCUUUCCGUUUUCAGCAAUACUCAUCACAACACGCGAAAUCAGCACCACCACACAACCAAAUCACAUCAACGUUCACAAUACCGACGCGAAAUCAACAUCACCGUGAUCCUUAUCAAAUCGAUCCUCAAUGAAGCAGCAAUCUGCAGCCUCGCGUCAACAUACAUCAUCAUCUUCAUUGUAGAUCCAGAACAACAACAACACCUCUGAGUAGAGCCGAUUUCUCGAGUCGAGUUGUCUGUCUACCGUCAAGCUGAUUCCUCCGCACAAGUACGGAACUAGAGCUGCUGUUAGACAAAGAAUGGCAGACCAAGAGAAACAUAACAUGGAGGUUAGAAUGGAAAUUGAUGAUUUGAAAUCAAGCAUGGUUAAGCUUACCGAGAUGAUGCAAGUGUUGAUGGCUAGGACUGAUCCACCUCAGAGGACUGUUAUUUCUGAAGUCUCCACUGUUGUUGUUGAUCCUUUACAGGUUCAGAAGCCACCUUCUACUUGGCCAGAGUUUGGGUUACCUGAGAAUUUCUCUCCAACAUAUGUGAAUGCUCCUAUGAUGGGUCAAACUUCGAGGCAGGUAUUUCAACCUCCAGUCUUUUCUGAACCUCCACCUGUUGUCCAUACUACUGCUCAAGCUGUUCCAGCUCGUUAUGACAAUCCUCUAUAUGAUUACCGUUCUGUUGGUUCUCGAAGUGUCAGUCAAGGAGAUUGUGGUGAAGUUGAAGAAGUCCGUGAGCAAUAUCAGGCAUUGGAAAAGAGGCUAAGAGCUAUGGAAGGAAGCAAUUUCUUUAGUGUGAAUGCUGAUAACAUGGGUCUUGUUUCAAAUCUUGUCAUGCCUUCCAAGUUCAAAGUUCCCGAGUUUGAGAAGUACAAGGGGCAUACUUGUCCAAGGAGUCAUUUGACCAUGUACUACAGAAAGAUGACUGCUUACACCAACAACCAGAAUUUGCUCGUUCAUUGCUUUCAAGACAGUUUAAGUGGAGCUUCGUUGAAGUGGUACAUGAGUUUGGAAAAGGGUUGUGUUCAGAAUUUCCAAGAUUUAGCUGAUGCGUUCAUGAAACAGUACAAGUAUAAUCUGGAUAUGGCACCUGAUCGUCGUCAACUUCAGAAUAUGGCUCAGAAGGAAAAGGAAUCUUUCAAGGAAUAUGCUCAACGUUGGAGAGAAUUAGCUUCCCAAGUUGAACCACCUUUGUCUGAGAAGGAAUUAACUAGCUUGUUCAUGGAUACCCUUUCUCCUUUCUUUUGGGAGAAGAUGAUUGGAAGUGUGUCUUCAAACUUCACUGAUUUGGUAACAAUUGGUCAAAGGCUAGAAGAAGGAAUCAGGAAAGGAAAAGUGUUUGUGGCUGUUGAUUCUUCAAAGAAACCUUUUAGGGGCUUCCAGAAAAAGAAAGAGAAUGAUACUAAUGCUGUUUCAGAUGAUAGAAGAAGAUUUCACCGUAGACCUCAAAAUGGUGAUCAACCUUAUGUAGCCGCUGUCGCUUCUGUGCGAGUUCAAGCUCCUCAACCUCAGGUUGCCAACCAGAAUCAGAAUCGCGAUAGGACUCACUUCGAUCCUAUUCCUAUGACUUACACUGAACUAUAUCCCGCGCUGGUCCGAAAAGGUUUGGUCACAACAAGACCUAUGCCUCCUCCUCGAAACCCUCCCUCAAUAGGAUUCCGACCUGAUCUUCACUGUGAGUUUCAUCAGGGUGGUGCUGGCCAUGAUUUAGAACACUGCUAUGCUCUGAAGGCCUUAGUGCAAGAGUUGGUGAGAUUGAAGCUCCUCUCUUUCAGGGAUAUGGGUCCUAACGUUGUCACUAAUCCUUUGCCAGAUCAAAGUGGCUGAAGACAAGUUAAAGCCAGAUGGUCUCCUAAAGCCAAGUGUUUCAGACGGGAUAGCUCAUCUUUGUUGCUGAUUAGUCACUAGGCCUUGUUUCUUUACUGUUUACAAUUUCCUUGUUUGUAUUGUGUGUUACUUUUAAACUUUGUUUGUUCCUGAAUGUUAAGUUUAAUGAAAUGAGCAUUGCAUAUUUUGAAUUCAUUUACCUCCACUAUGUUUAUGUUUAUGCCUUCUUUUACAAAAUUUUCUUCCAUUUGCUUUCUCUAUCAAACUUGUGUUUUAUGCAAAGAUUGGAGGGAGGAUGAUG